AUGUCGGAAACUGAAAGUAUACCAAAAGAUGUUGCUGAAGCUACGCCAAAAGCUUCAGCAAACACUACGAAACAGAUGAACGAUGACGGUUUAGAUCACAAAACACUUUUCGUUCGUUCGAUACCGUCUGAAGCUACAUCAGAAGACUUGUCUACAUACUUUUCCCAAUUCGUUCCCGUCAAACAUGCAGUUAUUGUAACCGAUGAAAAUAAGCAAAGUAGAGGUUUUGGUUUCGUUUCAUUUACCAUGGAUGAAGAUACGUUGACUGCAUUGGUUGAGUCAAGAAAGACCAAAUUUCAGGGGAAAUUGUUACGAGUGGACAUUGCCAAAAGAAGAGAUAGGAAAACUCAAGCACCUGAUGGAAGUUCAAUUUCAUCAAAAAGGUCUGAACCAAUUGAGAAAAGAAGAGCUCGUUUGAUUAUUAGAAACCUACCUUGGAGUUGCAAGAAACCAGACACGUUGAAGAAUAUUUUUCAAAGAUAUGGUGCUGUGUUUGAUGCUUAUAUCCCAAAGAAAAAGGGAGGUCAAAUGUGUGGAUUUGGGUUUGUUAUCAUGAAGAAAAGAGUUGCCGCUGAGAGAGCUGUAAAGGAGAGUAAAGGGUUAAAGAUUGAUGGGAGAGAAGUUGCUGUCGACUUUGCCGUAGAGAAGUCUAAAUGGGAACAAAUUAAAGACGAAGAAAGUGAAGAUGAAGGUGAAGAGGGGACACAAAAAGGAAAGGAAGCCACAACUGAAGAUCACUCUGGUGAUGAAGCUACGGGCGGUCUUGGAAGCGAUGAAGAAGAAGAGGAUGACGAAGAAGAAAGUGAUGAUGACGAAGAAGACAAAAACCAUGAGGGAUCAAAUUUUGGCGAAUUGAAUGAAAUCAACACUGAUGAUGAAGUUGACUCCGAUGAUGAUGGUAUCAAAAUUGAAAUUGAUGGUGAGCCACAAGAAGAAGAAACUCCCAGAAAAAAGAGUAAUAAACAAGAAGCAUAUUCAAUCUUUGUACGAAACAUUCCAUACGAUGCUGAUGAAGAGAGCUUGAAAGAGCAUUUUGAAGCUUUCGGACCAGUUAAAUAUGCUCUUCCUGUUAUUGAUAAGGACACAGGAUUGUCCAAGGGAUCAGCAUUUGUUGCAUUCAAGAAAGAAGAUGCGUAUCUAGACUGUCUUGAUAAUGCACCAUCAAAUACUGGCUCGACCUCAAUGUUGAUUGCAGAUGACGUUUCACCAAAGUAUGUGUACCAAGGGCGUAUCUUGUCUAUCACGUCAGCAGUGGAUAGACAAUCGGCCAACAAAUUAGCCGAAAGGAAUGCAUUAAAAAGAAAAGAAGCACUUGGCAAAGCUCCUUCUGAGAAGGAUAAGCGUAAUUUAUUUUUGCUUAAUGAAGGUAGAAUUACUGAAAAUUCCAAAUUAGCUCAAUUUAUCACCAAAACAGAUAUGGAAUUGAGAGAAAAAUCAUACAAAUUGCGUGUACAACAAUUGAACAAGAACCCCACUUUGCAUCUAUCAUUAACUAGAUUAGCGGUUAGAAAUUUGCCGCGGGCAAUGAAUGCUAAAGCUUUGAAGGCAUUGGGAAGGAAAGCAGUGGUACAAUUUGCCACUGAAGUCAAACAAGGACAACGACAACCGUUAUCGAAGGAAGAAGUUUCUCGUUCAAACAAGACCAAGGAGGAAAUUCAAGAAGAAAUUGAAGCCAAGUCGAAAAACUCCAAACAUAAAGGUGUUGUUAAACAAGCUAAAGUCAUUAUGGAGGUCAAGGGAUCGGGAGAGGCUGGUCGGAGUAGAGGUUAUGGGUUCAUUGAAUUUAGAGAUCAUAAAGUGGCAUUACAAGGAUUGAGAUGGUUAAAUGCCCAUGAAGUCACAAUUGAUGAGAUUACGGAAGGAAUGACUGAAGAAGAAAUAAAGGUUGCCAAAUUAGACGGAUUGAACAAGAGAAGGUUAAUUGUUGAAUUUGCGGUUGAGAAUGCUCAAGUUGUCAAGAGAAGAAGAGAAAGGGAGAUUAUUAGUAAGAAAUUUGAUAGGGAAAAGGAUAAAGAUGGCAAUGAUAAAAAGAGGAAACGUAAUGACAAGGAAGAAGAAGAACAAGGUGGAAAUAGGUCCAAGAAGCAACGUCAUGGUAAAGGGCCACUGAGGAAAGGCAAUAUGAACAAAGGUGCCAAACCACAAGAGACAAAGCUGGAAAAGGAACCAAAGAACAAAUCGGGUCUUUCUGAUAAUAUCAAGUCAAUCAUUGGACAAAAGAGAAUGAGAAGAAAGGGAAAGAAGUAG